CUUCAUCUACAAACUAAAAGAAACACUCAAACAUCCUCUUUAAAACAAUGACAACAUCUCAUACUUCUCCUCAAAUUCCUCCCAAGUAUUUACGAGAGGAUGAACUCAAUGAAGAGUGCAAGAAAUUGCUCUUAACUUUACCUAAAGAAAGAGGAUGGCUUUUCUCACAUAUCUACAACUACCAAGGUUUUUGGAUAGCUCCAAGGCAACUCCAAGCAGUACGUGCUUGCCAACAACAAUUUCUAGCUCAAGAUAGCGAUAUCAUCCUUGUUACCUUUCCUAAAUCAGGAACUACAUGGUUAAAAGCGCUCGUGUUCGCUCUAGUGAACCGAAUGAACUACCCUAUUUCGGGAAAAAAUCACCCUUUGCUUUUCAAGAAUCCUCAUGAUCUUGUUCCAUUCUUGGAACUUAAGCUUUAUGUUGAUGGACAACUCCCUGAUUUUUCAUCCUACACUUCACCUAGAUUGUUGUCCACUCAUUUGACAUAUGGUUCAUUACCAAAAUCCGUCCAAGAUUCCCAAAACAAACUUGUUUACUUGUGUAGGAAUCCUAGGGACACUUUUAUUUCCUUAUUUCAUUUUGCAAAUAUUUUAAAAAUUGAAAACAUGGGAAUCAGUUCCAUAGAAGAAAUGCUUGACCUUUUCUGUAAAGGAGUGAGUUUUUAUGGUCCGUUUUGGAAUCAUGUGUUAGAUUAUUGGAAAGAAAGCAUGGAAAAGCCUAAAAAGGUACUUUUCUUGAUGUAUGAAGAGAUGAAGGAACAACCAGAGAUUCAGCUAAAACGAUUAGCUGAAUUCUUGGAAUGUCCUUUCUCUAUAGAGGAAGAAAAUUGUGGAGUGGUGGAUGAAAUCUUAAGAAUUUGUAGUUUUGAGAAUUUGAGCAACUUGGAGGUGAACAAAAAUGAGAAUUUGUCAACUGGAGAGAAAAAUAAGGCAUUCUUUCGUCGAGGGGAAGUUGGAGACUGGAAGAAUUACUUCACGACUGAGAUGGUUGAGAAACUAAACCAUAUCAUUGAGCAAAAGUUCCAAGGAUCUGGAAUAAGGUUUUUGUACAUCUAAUUUAGCAUUUUGUUCUGCUAAUUGUAUGCAAUAAUUUUCCUCUUUUUGGUGUUUCAGGUUUAUAUUAGACAUGUCUUAUAUUGAA